CCGACCACAGGAUUUCCUAUGAGCAUCAACACUAUUGUAUUCUGACUAAAGUACCCAACCUAGGUCUCUAGCCUCUCUUAGCGUCCCACCUCGUCCCAAGAACUCCGGUUUGAAUACUUUGUAUAUGACGACAGCUUUGUACUUGCUUCACCAUCCCGUCUGCCCACUUCUUUGACGCUACUUUAUACAGACGCUUUGUUCUGUAUCUCAUCCGCCGCCCCCUCAAUCGAUCGAUAUCUCAAAGACAAGGGAGGAUCUACAUCUCUCUCCGCAUCCGCUUAAAAACUUCGGCGCAUCCUCUCAUAUUGACCAAGUAGCACCCUUUCUGCCAUCGACGAAACCCAACCUUCGAAAACCUGGCAGGAAACAAGCGACGCAGUCUCUCUUCGCAGGGAGGUCUGCUUAAUAGAAUGUUUGGCGGCGGUUCUAGUUCCUCUGCGGCGAAAUCUGAGCCCGCCGUCGCCGAUUCAGGAAAAACAGACAAGAAAUCACCAUCACCAGAUCGAAAACCCGACUCUACUUCGGCCGGUGGUACCCCAACGAAGUCACCCGAUCAAGCUGCUAGCGGCGAGAAACGUAGUGGAAAUGGUAGCCCUCCUGGGCGACAAAACCCGGAUACGGGCAAUUCAGAGAAGAAGCGCAGAAGUUCUGGUGUUGGAAGCAAAGCGAGCAGUCUUAUAGCCAGCGCCAAGAACAGUUUGAAUUUUUCACAAGUUGGCCGAUCGAACAGUGAUGUUAGCAACCAUACACCUCUACAGAAGCUAGGAAAACAAGAUCAGUCACUUGCAGUGCCUCAAGGCCAGCAUAACAACUCAGCUGGCGAAUCUCUUCCAGGCCCGCGAUCCACCUUCCGUGUUGGCGUUUGGGAAGAUAGGAACAAAAAAUGUCGCCGAACAAUGGAAGAUACGCAUGCCUUCCUCUACAACUUUUUACAUACCCCAGCUCCCCUUCUCGUCGCAGAUUCGGGCAACAAGAGCCUGAAAUCCCAAAAAUCUACAUCCGAGGAUGCCGACCCACCAGCUGAGUCUAGCUCACAGGACGUGAUUGAAACCGACAACGGUUACUUCGCGAUAUUCGACGGGCAUGCUGGUACUUUCGCCGCGGAUUGGUGCGGCAAAAAGUUGCAUCUAAUUCUUGAAGAUAUUAUAAGGCGAAAUCCUAAUGUCCCUAUUCCCGAGCUUUUAGACCAGACCUUUACCAAUGUUGAUCAACAACUCGAGAAGCUGCCUCUUAAGAAUAGUGGCUGUACCGCGGCGAUUGCCGUCUUGCGCUGGGAAGAUCGAGUUCCUAGUACUAACUCUGCAACUGGUUCCCAGGCUAUCGCUCCAGCAGCUGCUGCUGCUUCCAAGGCAACAGAUGCUUCAAAACCCAAAGAAGCUAGACCUGAAAACGAUGGUCCUAACAAUGCGAUAGUUGAAUCAGCCCAUGCAAGACUGAAAGGUACUGCGGUGCGGCAGCGGGUACUUUACACCGCAAACGUAGGUGACGCUAGGAUCAUUUUAUGUAGAGCUGGUAAAGCAUUGCGUCUCUCAUAUGACCACAAGGGUAGUGAUGAGAACGAAGGAAAGCGUAUUGCAAAUGCUGGAGGUCUCAUCCUCAAUAACCGAGUCAAUGGAGUAUUGGCUGUUACCCGAGCGCUUGGAGAUACGUACAUGAAAGAUCUCGUGACAGGACACCCGUACACCACCGAGACUGUCAUCCAGCCCGAAGUAGAUGAGUUUAUCAUCAUCGCUUGCGAUGGACUCUGGGAUGUUUGCAACGACCAAGAUGCGGUUGACCUCAUUCGUGACGAGCAAGACCCCGCGACAGCUUCUAAGAAGCUCGUGGACCAUGCUUUGGCCCGUUUUAGUACGGAUAAUUUGUCAUGUAUGAUUGUUCGAUUUGACAAGGCGGCCCUACUAGAACAUCACAACAACAAAGAUAACCCUAUCGGCGUGGAAGGGGACAGUACUGGUACGAGUGGUAAAGUCAGCGAAGCCGACAGGAUCGUAAGCUCUACUAAACAGAAGAUUGCUGAAGGUGACACCCCAGCCAUUGGCAUUUCGGCUAGUAACAGCGGCCGCGGUCACGAUCUUAUACCUAUUGAUGACGGUAGCGAUACCUUCAAACCGACUAUCAUCGAAGGCCCAGUUGAAGAGGAGCCUCCUUCCUUGGAAGAUAGCGAUGCGCCAGAGGUUACCACGGAUGCCAUACCGAAUCCGAGUGGCCUUGUUACGCCGGAAUCCACGUCUCCGAACACCGCCGAGCCUCCAUCAAAAUCCUGAUCACGGAUUUUCUUAUCGGGGAAUUAGUAUAUCGCUGCGCCAUACCUACCAACAACCGCGAGCUCACUUCCUGAAGCUACUAACCAAUUUCUACGCACACAAUACGUUGGCACUUUCGUUAUUAGGGUGGUAAAUUGUAAUCACGCUUUACGUC